GUUUUCACAAAGGCCACUUUUGCAGGAUGGGAAUGGCAUCUAAAAGGAAAAAAACAAUGAGUAGUGAAGGUCCAGUUAAGAUUGUAGGAAUUAACCAUGGAGUAUGUCUGCAUCAUUUCUUGUUGAUGGAUGGAUGGAAGGAAAAAAGAACAAUUCACUGAUGUUAACAUUUUUUUGCCAGUCUCCAGAUGACAAUAAUGAACAACACAGCUUACAAAACAAGCUCCGUGCUAACAGACGUGUUCUUGCUGCUGCCAGCCGGUUCUUUUCCAUCCUGUUACCUGAUUGUGAGUUAGACCUAGAUGUCUGCAUCUCAAUUGAUCUGAGCUUUGAAGAACUGUUUUGUGUUCUUGAGUACAUCUAUUCUGGGAAGCUGCUGUGUUCAGUCAAAAGCAAAGACAGAAUUUUAAGUAUUCUAAAAGAAUUUGAUAUUUUCGUGCCUGAUGAUCUACAGAAUUCAGUAGACUGUGGAAGAAAUGGAAGUAGUGAGGCAGAAGGGGAAAUAAUAUUUGAAGAAGCCAUUGCAAGUGAACCAAAAACUACUAAAGAUCCCACAAACAUUUCAGAGGAUAAAUCUCCCUUUGCAACUUCUGCCGAUGUUCGUGUAGUAAAUAGUGGAGAACUAAUUUUACGAGAACCCAAUAUUUCAAGCUCCAAUGAAGAUCCCUUCCAGUAUGAAGAAAAGCUUCCAGAAAAAUUCUCAAACAGUCAUAAGAUGUAUAGCAACAAAAGUAAAACUCAUUGUGGAUCAAAAAUGGCUAUUCUGAAUUCAAGCACCAAUGUUACUGAAACCAUUGUUGAACCGGAAAUCUCCAGACAUAAAGAUCCGGUCUUCACCGUAGUCACCAACCAACCCACUUCGCUGGAAGAAACGCUUGAAAGUAUCGUAUGGUCAGAGAUUGUAGCGGUUGAACCUCAAGAUAACCCAUCGCUAAGUAAUUGUGAUGUGCAUAGAAGUAGUGUAGAAGAUGAAUGGACUAUUCAGCAAAUACCGGAUAGGCAGACCGUUACGCUGCAGUUCCCUGCCCAGAUUCUUGGCAGUACGACUUUGAGCGCACUAAAAAAGGGAAAAAGAAGAAAAUUACAUUUGUUGAGGAAGAGACUGAAGACAGUGACCAAGAUCCCGAAGAUCAAGACCAAGAAGAUUCUCUUGGUUACGAAGAAAAUGAUGAAGUCAAAAGUAAAUCAGCAGUACAAACAUCUAACCAGUCUGACGAUCAAAGUAAUGGUUUUGAACCUCCGCUCAACUUUGAAGUAGCUGCAAAAAAGCUGGAUUCGUGUUUAGAUCAAAGUACAUCUACCCUAAGAUCGGAUGUGAAGCCUAGUUUGAAAGGAAUCGGAUGUUCUAGUUCACUUGAGGAUCUCACUCCAAACCUGGACGUGAGUGAUAGUGCUGAAGAAGAAGAAGAUAUUAUUCCUAAGUUGAAGUGCACA